UCACCACUCACCACUCAUCACCGGAGAGAUUGAUCAAGAGAAAAAAAAAAUUAGAUUCAGUUGUUGAAACUUGAAAGAGUGAUUAGACAAGCAUGGAUCCAGGGAAUCCCGCUUCAACGCCGGAACCUGAAUCACCGACCUCUCCCUCCGCCGGUUUCAACACCGACCAGCUUCCACACACCAGCCAUGUUUCCGAAGACGACGAGGCUUCCGUUGACCCCGACAUCAUUCAGGAUGAGCCUGAAGACGAAAACCCGGAAGAGGACGAAGAUGGAGAGGAUCUAUACAAUGACAACUACAUGGAUGAUUAUCGGAGGUUGGAUGACCAUGAUCAGUUUGAGUCGGCUGGGCUGGAUGAUUCAGUGGAGGAUGUUAGGGAUUUUGAUCAGAUAAUGGAAGAUCGAAGGGCUGCGGAGGUGGAACUAGAUGCUCGUGAUGGUCGCCUUAACAAUCGCAAGUUCCCUCAGCUUCUCCAUGACCAAGAUACUGAUGAUGACAGUUACAGGCCCUCCAAAAGGGCUCGAGCUGAUGCCAGGGCUCCUAAUCUGAGCGAUGAUGAUUUCGAUGGGUUGCAUAGUUCACCUGGAAGGUCACAGCCAGGACACUCUAGAGAUGAUGUUCCGAGGACUGAUCAAACCGAGGAUGAUCAAUAUGAUGAUGACUUUGAUGAGGAAGGUGGUUAUGAGAUGUACCGCGUUCAAGGAACACUUAGAGAAUGGGUUACAAGAGAUGAAGUCCGCCGCUUCAUAGCUAGAAAAUUCAAGGAUUUCUUGCUCACGUAUGUUAAUCCUAAAAAUGAACACGGUGACUUUGAAUAUGUGCGGCUGAUAAAUGAGAUGGUGUUAGCCAAUAAGUGUAGUUUGGAGAUAGAUUACAAACAAUUUAUCUACGUCCAUCCCAACAUUGCCAUUUGGCUGGCUGAUGCACCUCAGUCUGUCUUGGAAGUAAUGGAAGAUGUUGCUAAAAAUGUUGUCUUUCAGUUGCAUCCAAAUUACAAAAAUAUACAACCAAAGAUUUAUGUUCGUAUAACAAACUUACCAGUUUAUGACCAGAUUCGGAAUAUAAGACAAAUUCACUUGAAUACAAUGAUUCGAAUUGGGGGAGUUGUAACUAGACGUUCAGGAGUCUUUCCCCAGUUGCAACAGGUGAAGUAUGACUGUAAUAAAUGUGGUGCAACUUUGGGACCUUUUUUCCAGAAUUCCUACUCAGAGGUGAGAGUUGGAUCCUGUCCUGAGUGUCAAUCAAAAGGGCCAUUUACUGUCAAUAUUGAGCAGACAAUUUACAGGAAUUUUCAGAAGCUCACUCUCCAAGAGAGCCCAGGAAUUGUUCCUGCAGGUCGUUUACCAAGAUACAAGGAAGUUAUACUAUUGAACGAUCUGAUUGACUGUGCCCGUCCUGGGGAAGAGAUUGAGGUCACAGGUAUCUAUACUAAUAACUUCGAUUUGUCGCUAAACACAAAGAAUGGUUUUCCUGUGUUUGCCACUGUUGUCGAAGCAAAUUAUGUCACAAAGAAGCACGAUCUGUUCUCUGCUUACAAACUUACUCAGGAAGACAAAGAAGAGAUUGAGAAUUUGAGCAAAGAUCCAAGAAUAGGAGAAAGGAUUAUCAAGUCUAUUGCUCCAUCAAUCUAUGGUCAUGAAGACAUCAAAACUGCAAUAGCUUUAGCUAUGUUUGGAGGUCAAGAAAAAAAUGUUCAAGGAAAGCACAGACUGAGAGGAGAUAUUAAUGUUCUACUUCUUGGUGAUCCAGGAACAGCGAAGUCGCAAUUUCUCAAAUACGUUGAGAAAACUGGGCAACGAGCUGUAUACACCACCGGCAAGGGGGCGUCUGCUGUGGGUCUCACUGCAGCAGUUCACAAGGAUCCUGUCACGAGGGAGUGGACCUUGGAAGGGGGAGCCCUUGUCCUAGCUGACAAAGGGAUCUGCCUUAUCGAUGAGUUUGACAAGAUGAAUGACCAAGACAGGGUAAGUAUCCAUGAAGCCAUGGAGCAGCAGAGUAUAAGCAUAUCAAAAGCGGGAAUUGUUACAUCUCUUCAGGCACGCUGUUCUGUCAUUGCUGCUGCCAAUCCUAUUGGAGGAAGAUAUGAUUCCUCCAAAACAUUUUCUCAAAAUGUUGAAUUGACAGACCCUAUUAUUUCCCGUUUUGACAUCCUCUGUGUUGUGAAGGAUGUGGUUGAUCCGGUCACUGAUGAAAUGCUUGCAAAGUUUGUAGUGGACAGUCACUUUAGGUCACAACCAAAGGGUGGUAACAGAGACGAAAAGUCAGUGACUGAGUCCCAAGAUGAUUAUGCGUCUGCCAUGCCUGUUGAUCCUGAGAUACUUCCACAAGAGUUGCUAAAGAAGUAUAUUACUUAUGCUAAAUUAAAUGUAUUUCCAAGACUACAUGAUGCUGAUUUGGAUAAGUUGACACAUGUUUAUGCCGAACUGCGGAAAGAAUCCUCGCAUGGUCAAGGGGUCCCUAUUGCUGUAAGGCAUAUUGAGUCAAUGAUAAGGAUGUCCGAAGCUCAUGCGAGGAUGCAUCUCAGGCACCAUGUCACACAAGAGGAUGUGGACAUGGCAAUUCGAGUCCUACUUGAUUCAUUCAUUUCAACCCAGAAAUUUGGAGUGCAGAAAGCUCUUCAAAAGAGCUUUAGAAAAUAUAUGACUUUCAAGAAGGACUACAAUGAAUUGCUGCUUUACCUUCUCCGCGAGCUUGUCAAGAAUGCUUUGCGUUUUGAAGAAAUCAUUGCUGGAUCUACUUCAGGUCUUGAACAUAUAGAUGUCAAAGUGGAAGAUCUCCACAAUAAGGCUCAAGAGCACGAAAUAUAUGAUCUUAAACCAUUCUUCAACAGUAGUCACUUUUCAAGGGCCAAUUUUGUAUUGGAUGAAGAGCGCGGAAUAAUCAGACAUCGCCUUGCUAAUUGAACAAAAGCAUCCAUCACCAGUUCACCACCAACAUUGCUAGUUUAUAAUCGUAGCAGCAAGCUGAAGGGACAGUACAUUUUUCAUCUAGCUGUCUGUAGCUAUAAAAAGAUACCCAGUCUUCAUGUGUUUCAGAUUUGAAUGUUCCUUUGAGUUGUUGAUGCCUGUGAUAAUAUUAUUUCUCAUUUGUCA